AUCAUGCUGAAAAACGAGUCAAGCACAGGCAAGGUUUAAACGGACUGAGUCAUAAGUCUCCUGCAGACCACCCGAACUACUUUCACCUAUAGUCUCAACCUGUACCGUAAAUAGACAAGACUGAAAAGGAAUAUCAAGAAGAAGAAUUGUUUAUCUACAUCUGAUUCAAGUCCAUGAAGCCACAAUCAUCGUCUUUGAAUCCAUAUGCAACGUCAUAUGUUCCUCUCUCUAAAAGGGGGGUAGAUGGUAGAACACCUUCGACUGAAAAAGAUUCCAAGACUUAUAAUGGGACAGUAUGGUUUCAGACUCAUCAGGGUGCCACAAAUGAUCCACAACUUAUCAACACUAGCUUGGAAAGGCUCUCGAAAUCCGAAUCUUUUCUGGCAAAAGGCCAGCCUGCUUCUAGUUCCUACACAGGCUACACUUCAUCACAGAAUGUGGCAGAGUUAUCGGAUAAUCAGUUGCUAGAUGAAGAAGUUGAUAUGGAUUUGGAGUAUCUUAGGAUGAAUUUUCCUGGUAUAUCUUAUCAGUCCCUUGUAGAUGUCUAUAAUGUAAACAGUGGUGACUUGGAUGCUGCUAUUGACAUGCUCAGCCAACUUGAGUUGGAGGGAGAUGAAACUUCUGGAAUUCUUCCAGAGACACUGGAUAUUGGUGACGUUUCAGAGUCCGGAUUGCCAGCUGAUUCUGCUUCACUAAAACAGAAGAAUGUAGCAGAGGAAACCAACACUUCAUCUAGUCACAUGGCAUCAGCCAAUGUCUUGUGAAUUGGUUUGUCAUUCACAAUUGUUUUGGUUGGAUAUAUGUGUAAAAAUAAAAAAAUUUACCUUAGGUGGAGAUGUCUCUAUCAUCGAUUUUAUGGUUUGUAUAGUUCUAUACAUUGUCUUGUUUUGGUGGUCUGUUUUCUUUUGAUGAGUUGCUUGUACAAUUGGGACCCCCUUUCAAUUGCAUGAAUUGGAAGUGUCCAGAAUGGGGGAGAAAGGUAAAAGAAAAACAACACAUAAAUGAAGGUGAUUUUCUCUUGGGAUUGAUAA